AUGGCUGACGAUAAGCACGGGCUUUCCCUCGAAAUCACAGGCAAAGACACCUAUGGUAACCAGGCCCAUGAUGAGGUGGAAGUUGAAGGUAUCAGUCAAUCAAAAUUAGCCAGGAUUACCAAGGUUUCUUCCGUUGUGACUGCGCUGGUUGCGGGUCUUGCCUUGUUUAGUGAUGGCUACAACGCUCAGGUUAUUGGCUACAUGGAACCUCUGUUCGCAGAUCUCUACCAGGAUGGAAUGUCAAGCACCAUCAAGACCAGACUGUCCAACGCAUACCUCAUCGGCGAGAUCUUCGGCAUGCUCUUCUUUGGGGUUGUCAUCGAUAAGAUCGGCCGUCGCACAGGGAUUGUCUUUGCCACAUUCUUCCUCGUGCUGGGCAUUGUUCUCGCUACUGCUGCGCAUGGCACAUCCCAGCUGGGAAUGUUCUGGAUGAUGAUUGUUGCCCGUGGUGUUGCUGGCUUUGGCGCGGGAGGUGAAUAUCCAACCUGUGCGACCGGUAGUACCGAAGCUUCGGACGAAAGCGAAUAUGUUCGACGCCGACGUGGCUUCCUGGUCGCUGUCGCCACAGAUUUCUCCAUUGACUUUGGCUUCGUGAUGGCUGGAGCGAUUGCCUUGAUCGUACUCGAGGCGUACCACGAACGCGUCUCUGCAGGCGUCUGGCGAGUCUGCUUCGGACUGGGUUUCGUCCUGCCUGUCGUUCUCUUCUUCUUCCGAAUUCGCAUGAUCGAAUCAACCCAAUACCGCAAGCAUGCCAUCAAGCGGAAUGUUCCCUAUGGGCUGAUCCUGAAACGUUACUGGAAGCCUAUGCUGGGGACAUCUCUGGCCUGGUUUUUCUACGACUUCGUGACCUAUCCCUUUGGCAUUUUUAGUUCCACCAUUAUCGGCCAGCUGAAUCCUAACAACACUCUCAAGGAGAACAUCGGGUAUGGUACCGUCGUAAAUUGCUUCUACCUUCCCGGUUGUCUGGUUGGAGGCCUCCUGAUGGAUCGCAUCGGGCGACGUCAAACUAUGGUGUUGGGUUUCGGCUGCUGGUCGUUGCUCGGUUUUAUCCUCGGAGGGGCCUUGAACCCUAUCCAAUCUGUCUUCCCGCUCUUUGUGGUCCUGUAUGGAAUCUUCAAUAGUUUUGGCGAGAUGGGCCCUGGAGUCGCAACCUUCCUCUGCGGCGCCGAAAGUUUCCCAACGCCUCUCAGAGGCCAUUUCUUGGGCUUUGCAGCCGCCGUUGGAAAAGCUGGUGCCGCAAUUGGAACGCAAGUCUUCACUCCGAUCCAAAACUCUUUCUCGGAUACUCAGAAAGGAACUCAAGCCGUGUUUCUCAUCGGGGCUGCAUUUGCCGCCAUCGGAGGAAUCAUCGCUUGGACUCUUAUUCCGGAUAGAGAGAGAGACCUGGAAAGCGAGGAUGCUAAGUUCCGACAAUAUCUUGAGGCCCACGGUUAUGACGGUGAUUUUGGCGAGUCUUUGAUCCAGGAGAUCCGCACAACUUCGUUCAGUGCAGAGACUGUCAAGACAGCAUAA